AUGGCAGAGAUCAAGCGGCCAAUAGGCCUACUGUUUGACAUUGGAGGAGUGUGUGUUGUAUCUCCGUUCCAGGCCAUUCUUGACUAUGAACUUGCGCAGAACAUCCCACCAGGAUGGGUCAAUUUUAGUAUCUCGCGAACAGCACCGAACGGUAGCUGGCACAAGCUUGAGCGCGGCGACAUCAAGAUGGACGCGAACUUCUUUGCGGGGUUCAAUGCGGACCUAAGAGACCCCGAGCUAUGGAAACAAUUCCACCAACAACUUCAAAAGAAAAAAGGCACAAGCGGAUCCACCAUCCCUCCACUGCCGACAGUGGAUGCAGAAUGGCUAUUCUGGGAGAUGAUGCGGAUAUCUCGCACGCCAGACCGAUAUAUGUACCCAGCUCUGAAGAAAUUGAGAGAAUCGGGACAGUUCCUGAUGGGCGCUCUAUCCAACACCGUUAUUUUCCCCGACGGACAUGAAUACAAUAACGCAUCCGAGGUCAAGCAGCAAUUCGAUUUCUUUAUCUCGUCUGCGCAUACGGGCCUUCGCAAACCCGACCCAAAAAUCUACCAGGUGGCGUUACAGGAGAUGGACUCUUUAGCUAAGAGGCGAGGGCUGGCCGGAGUUAAUCCCGACGAUGUUGUGUUCUUUGACGACAUCGGGGAGAACUUGAAGGGAGCGAAGAAAGCUGGCAUGCGUACAGUCAAAGUCACACUUGGAAAGACUCAAGAUGCAGUUAAAGAACUGGAGAAACUCACAGGCCUUCAAUUGCUGGAUGAGGAUAAGGCACGAUUCGUCCUCGACACCCCCGUCAAAAUGCCUUUCACCAAGACCGUCAAGAACAACGCCUACUUCAGUCGCUUCCAGACUAAGUACCGUCGCCGUCGCGAGGGUAAGACCGACUACUAUGCUCGCAAGCGCCUGAUCACCCAGGCCAAGAACAAGUACAACGCCCCCAAGUACCGCAUGGUCGUUCGCUUCACCAACCGCGACAUCGUCACCCAGAUCGUCUACUCUGAGGUCACCGGUGACAAGGUUCUCGCUGCCGCCUACGCCCACGAGCUCCCCAAGUACGGUAUCGAGCAGGGUCUUACCAACUGGGCUGCUGCCUACGCCACCGGCCUGCUCCUUGCCCGCCGUGUCCUCAAGAAGCUCAACCUUGACGAGCAGUUCAAGGGUGUCGAGGAGGCUACCGGUGAGCACACUCUCACCGAGGCCGUCGAGACCGAUGAUGGCGAGCGCCGCCCCUUCAAGGCCUUCCUCGAUGUUGGUCUUGUCCGCACCUCCACCGGUAACCGUGUCUUCGCUGCCAUGAAGGGUGCCUCCGAUGGUGGUAUCUUCAUCCCCCACUCUGACCGCCGUUUCCCCGGUUACGACAUCGAGUCCGAGGAGCUUGACGCUGAGAUGCUCAAGAACUACAUCCACGGCUCUCACGUCUCCGAGUACAUGGAGAACCUUGCCGAUGAGGAUGAGGAGCGCUACAAGUCCCAGUUCGUCAAGUACAUUGAGAACGAGAUUGAGGCUGGUGACCUUGAGGAGAUCUACGCCGAUGCCCACAAGGCCAUCCGUGAGGAUCCCUUCAAGGCUGAUGAGGAUGCUGGUUCCAAGAAGACCAAGGAGGAGUGGAAGGCCGAGUCCAAGAAGUACAAGGUCGCCCGCCUCACUCGCGAGCAGCGCAAGGCCCGCGUCGAGGAGAAGAUCCGCAAGCUUGCUGCUUAA